AUGGAGCUUCACAACAAUUUUUCUAUCUUUACCUUAAUGGCAUCCUUUCUCUUCCUCUUGCUACUAUUCAAGAUAGUUAAAACAUGGAGUACUUCUAAAAAUUCUAAAGCCAAUUUACCACCAGGACCAUGGACACUGCCCUUCAUAGGGAACAUACAUCAAAUUAUUACCAGCUCAUUGCCUCAUCGUUCCUUGAAAACUUUGGCACAAAAAUAUGGACCUUUGAUGUACCUUAAACUUGGUGAGGUACCAUACAUAAUAGUUAGUUCACCAGAAAUGGCGAAAGAGAUUCUAAAAACUCACGACUUCAACUUUUGUGAUAGGCCAAACCUUAUGUUGUCCACAAUAUUUAGUUACAAAAAUACUGAUAUCAUAUUCUCUGUAUAUGGAGAACACUGGAGGCAACUACGAAAGAUAUGCGUUAUAGAGCUAUUGAGUGUAAAGCGUGUCCAGUCAUUUAGGUCCAUAAGGGAACAAGAGGUGGAUGAUCUUGUUAAAUCAAUAGCUGCAAGUGAAGGAUCGAUUGUUAAUCUUUCUCUUAAGAUUUUUGAUAUGACGCAUGGGAUAGUGGCGAGGGCGGCGUUUGGAAAAAGGAGUAAACACCAACAAGUAUUCAGAUCAGCAAUUGAUGAAAUAUCAGAUUUACUCGGAGGAUUUUGUAUUGCUGAUUUGUAUCCAUCUAUUAAUAUGCUUCAAAGGAUGACUAUGGCCAAGAAAAAAUUUGAAAAACUUCACAGAGAGAUUGAUAUGAUAAUACAAGAUAUCCUCGACGAUCACAGAAGCAUUCAUAGGGAAGUUAGCAAGGAUGAAGAUAUAGUUGAUGCUCUUCUCAAGAUUCAACAGGAAAAUGAACAAUCAGAACAUCCCGUGACUGACAUAAACAUGAAAUCAAUCAUCCUGGACAUGUUUGCUGCUGGUACUGAAACAUCAUCAGAGGUUACAUUAUGGUGUAUGUCUGAGAUAGUAAAGAAUCCAAAGGUAAUGGAAGAAGCGCAAGCUGAAGUAAGAAGAGUGUUUGAUAAGAAAGGGGGUGUAGAUGAGACAGAUAUGCAUGAACUGAUAUACUUAAAGUGUGUCAUCAAAGAGACACUAAGGCUUCAUCCUAUUGUACCAAUGUUGGUUCCAAGAGAAAAUAGGGAGAAAUGCCAAAUAAAUGGGUAUGAUAUCCCAGCUAAAACAAGGGUCAUGGUCAAUGCUUGGGCUAUUGGAAGAGAUUCAAGGUAUUGGGUUGAAGCUGAGAGUUUUAAACCUGAGAGAUUUCUUAAUAGCCCAAUUGAUUUCAAAGGUGCAGACUUUGAAUUCAUACCAUUUGGUGGUGGAAGGAGAAUGUGUCCAGGAAUAGCAUUUGGCUUACCUAACGUUGAGCUACCUCUUGCUCAAUUGCUUUACCACUUUGAUUGGAAGGUUCCCAAUGAAAUGAAAAAUGAAGAACUUGAUAUGACUGAAUCAUUUGGAAUAACUGUCAGAAGAAAACACGACCUAUGCUUAAUUCCUAUUAUUCGUUGUCUUUGA